ACAAUGGAUUUUUUAAGUUGGAUGAAUGUUGCUCUACAAAAAGCAAAUGAUUCACUAAAAUCAGGUGAAGUUCCAGUUGGCUGUUUAUUUAUAUAUAACAAUGAUGUCAUUGCUACAGGUAAUAAUACAGUUAACGAAACUCGCAAUGCAACUCGACAUGCAGAAAUAAAUUGUAUAGAUCAAGUUUUAGAGUCCUGUAACAUGAAAGAUUUAAGCUAUAAAAAUGUUUUUUAUGAUACUGAUGUUAUUGUUACUGUAGAACCAUGUAUAAUGUGUACAUCUGCAUUAUGUCAACUACAGGUACGUAACAUUAUAUAUGGUUGUGGAAACGAUCGUUUUGGUGGAUGUAUAAGUGUUUUUGAAGUACCAAAACUUUAUAAUUCAAGAACAAAGAUAAUAGGAGGUAUUAAAGGUACUGAAGCAAUGACAUUGUUAAAAGAAUUUUAUAAAGGUACAAAUCCAAAUGUACCUGAAUCAAAAUUUAAAAAAGACCGUAAAAAAAAGGACACAUAAAUAUUACAAAUUUAAUAAAUUCAUUUUUUGUUUAAUUAUAAAUCAUUACUAAAAAACAUUUUAGUUUCUAUUUUGAUUUAUAAUAUGAUACGUAAACAAAUCAAUU